UUGAUACUCUGAUUGGUUAGAGACGAUGCAAUUACUGAUGAAUUUGUUUUGUACACAAACAACUUAAAUUAUGGCAGUCUCUGACUAAAGUAUGUAGCGAAGGACAGGGCAGUGGAAGAAUUUAGUGUGAGUCAUCAGGCUGUCAGUCCACUGCUACCUGUCACUCACACUGUCUCUCUCUGUCUGGGGGGAUUGAUGUAGCCUUGAGGUUAGAGGGCUGGGCCAUAAGAAGCCCCCAAAUGAGUAUAUUAAAUACUCCCAGAGAAAUUAUUUUACAUAAAACCGAGUAACAUCUGAUGUGGUUGAGAGAGAACGAGCGAGAGAGACGACAUAAAUAACAAAUCCGGUACCUGUUAGAGCGUGGUUGACAGUUGAUCAUAUUAUUUGUGGUGGGGCUGGGUUAUUAUUUCCGAAUGUGUGACACAAACCACUCGGUUGUCGUAGUCCAUUCUACACUCAUACAGCUGGAAAGACAGACGGAGCGGGGGCGCAGCGUUUGAGGGUACAUGUGUGUUUGGUCGGGGAGUUGACGCCUGGCAAUGGACACCUACAGACCACACGCCGUGCUGAUUUUACUGUUGUUAUCGUCGGAUAGUUGUCUGUCGUCGCAGUUUCCAACACAACUCAUGAUAAAGGAAUGGGUGGAUCAGAUACAGAUAGAGCUGGUGACACUGGCAGACACAGCCAGUGCCGGGAAGAGCCUCACACAGAUCUUCCUGGACAACCAGAACCUGUACACAGUAGAGUCUAACAUUGCAGAGGAACUAGUGGCUAGGGCAGCCAGGAACAUAGAACAGCUGUUACUGAAGAGGGCUGCCGCUCUGGAAACUCUGGCCACGGCUGCUGAGAACUUUCAGAUGGAACACCAGUGGGAGGAUGAGUAUGCGGAUGGUGACAUUGUUUACUACAAUGCAAAGGACAAUUUGGAGGUGAAUCACACAGAGGGUAGGAAGAACCGGAUCAGGCCAGCCUUUAAGGAGGACCCGUUGUUUAAACGCUUCACUUCUGAUAACGACACUGCUGUACACAUCCCUACUGACAUCUACGAUGGCUCCAACAUCGUGCUGAAUGAGUUGAACUGGACAGAGGCGCUGGAGGAUGUGUUUAAGAAGAACAGAGAGGAUGACCCUACUCUGCUCUGGCAGGUGUUUGGUAGUGCUACUGGACUGGCCCGAUACUACCCAGCCUCUCCAUGGAUGGAUGCUCGGAAGACCCCCAGUAAGAUUGACCUAUACGAUGUACGCAGGAGGCCCUGGUACAUUCAGGGAGCUGCCUCUCCCAAGGACAUGCUGAUCCUAGUGGACGCGAGUGGCAGUGUGUCUGGUCUGACUCUGAAGCUGAUCAAGACCUCAGUCAGUGAGAUGCUGGAGACUCUGUCUGAUGAUGACUAUGUCAACGUAGUUUAUUUCAACACCAGGGUGAAUAACACAGCGUGUUUUGACCACCUGGUCCAGGCCAACGUGAGGAAUAAGAAGAUCCUGAAGGAUGCUGUUCAGAACGUCUCUGCUAAAGGCAUCACCAACUACACCAAGGGAUUUGAGUUUGCCUUCGAACAGCUCCAUGCAACUAACAUCACUAGAGCCAACUGUAACAAGAUCAUCAUGCUGUUCACUGACGGAGGAGAAGAAAGAGCAUCGGCCAUACUUCAGGAAUACAACUCUGACAAGAAGGUGCGUAUCUUUACCUUCUCAGUAGGUCAGCACAACUAUGAUAAAGGUCCAGUCCAGUGGAUGGCCUGCGCUAAUAAAGGAUACUUCUAUGAGAUUCCCUCAAUUGGAGCCAUACGCAUCAACACUCAAGAGUACCUGGAUGUACUGGGCAGACCCAUGGUUUUAGCUGACCAGCUGGCCAAGCAGGUCCAGUGGACUAAUGUCUACCUCGACGCUCUGGAGCUAGGUCUGGUCAUCACAGGAACCCUACCUGUCUUCAACAAGACCAAGUAUAAAGAUGAAUUGGGCAUAGAGAUUCAGAACCAGUUGAUCCUAGGCGUGAUGGGGAUUGACGUGUCACUAGAUGACAUCAAGAAGCUCACACCGCGCUACACUAUCGGACCUAAUGGAUAUUAUUUUGCCAUCGACCCCAACGGAUAUGUGCUGCUACACCCCAACCUCCAACCUAAGAACCCUAAAUUCCAGGAGCCUGUCACUCUGGACUUCCUCGAUGCGGAACUGGAGAACGACGUCAAAGUCCAGAUCAGGAGAAUUAUGAUAAAUGGGAACCCAGGUGAAGAGACCAUAGAGACUCUGGUUAAAACUCAGGAUGAGAGAUACAUCGACAGAGGAGUAAGGACGUACACCUGGGCUCAGGUCAAUGGAACAGACUAUAGCUUGGCCCUAGUCCUGCCAAUGUACAAUGAACACUACAUACAGGCCAAACUGGGAGACACCAUCAGACUGGCUAUGGCCAUGGACACUCUGCAGGUGGAGAGGUUUGAUGAGUUGGGACACACCUUCAUUGCCCCCAGGGAGUACUGCAAAGGCCUGAAGGACAAGGACAACAACACCCAGUUCCUCCUGGACUUCAACCAGUUCAUUGACAGGAACACAGUGGAAGAGCCAUGUAAUAUGGCUCUGGUCAGUAGGCUGCUGCUGGAUGCUGGCUUGACGGCUGAUCUGGUCAAACUGUGGAAGGAACAGACACUGCUCGGAGUCCUGGCCAGGUUUGUAACCACUGACGGAGGGAUCACUAGAGUCUAUCCCAGAAGUGCUGGGGAGGAGUGGACAGAGAAUGCCGAGACCUAUGACUCAAGUUUCUACAAGAGGACUUUGGAUAACGACAUCUAUAUUUUCACUGCUCCAUAUUUCAACAAGAGCAGGGAGUCAGGCUAUGAGUCAGGUAUUCUGGUGAGCAAGGCUGUAGACCUCAACAUAGACAGAGUCAACCUCAAACCAGCAGUGGUGGGAGUGAAACUGAACGUCUCUGCCUGGAUGAACAGCUUCAUGAACGCCACCAUGAAAGUCAACUGCAAGGAUGAAAUCUGUGGCUGUCUGAAGAAUGAUAAGCAUGUUGACUGUGUCAUCUUGGAUGAUGGAGGCUUUCUGCUGAUGUCCAAUCAGGAUGAGUAUAUCGCACAGAUAGGUCAGUUCUUUGGGGAGGUGGACCCAGUCGUGAUGAUCAAUCUGGUCAACACAUCUCUGUACUCCUUCAACAAGACCUACGACUACCAGUCAGUCUGCAACCCUGAGAGAGACUGGAAGGCUGCUGCAGGGCCACGAUCUGUUUACGUGCCCACUAUAGCAGACAUGCUGAGUAUAGGCUGGUGGGCCUCCACAGGUGCCUGGUCAAUAAUGCAGCAGCUCUUCUACAGUCUCACAUUCCCAAGGUUCCUAGAGGCAGUGGACUCAGAUGAUGACAUGUCUGCUAACAUGUUUAAGGAGAGUUGUAUCACAGAGCAGACUCAGUAUUUCUUUGACAACGAAGAUAGAUCCUACUCGGGAGUCCUCGACUGUGGAAACUGCUCCAGGAUGUAUCGAGCUGAGAAGCUUCCCAACACUAACCUGGUGUUUCUGAUCACUGAUGCCAAGACCACCUGCCUGUCCUGUGACCCCAGACCACUACGACAGGCAGAGCAACCAUCCCAAGGUCCAGAUCGCUGUGAGCUAGCUCAGAACCCCAGGUACAGGAAAGGACCUGACGUGUGUUUCGACAACAACGUAGACGAGGAUGAUUCUGACUGUGGGGGCGGGACCUCACUAAGCCCCUCCCCCUGGCCCAUGUUGGGACUCCAACUACUGCUGCUGUGGCUCCUCACUGGCCCCCGACACUCAUGACCCCUACACACACACACACACACACACAUCUCAAUCAGACAGUGUUUUACAUAGGACUGUUUUCUGAUGCUCCAUCUCCUGAAUGUCAUCACUGAUCUGUUAACACGCUGCCAAUAUGGAAGAGGAGUCACUCUCCUGCUCUCCAAUCAUUCUCCAAAGCCAAAGGGGUGCUCUUUCCUCCCUCUCAUCUCUUCUCCACCAUGUUGACUGAUCUAUUCUAUUAUAUGGUGUAUUCUAUGGAGCUAACCAAACCCUUUAAUUCUUCAUCAUAAAUGUACGUAUAUGUUUUGGUUGGAGUAAGAGGGAGGUUGAGUGUCUGUCCUUUCAUGCAACCAUAAUAUUAUAAUUCCCUGAUACGAAUUAUUUCUACAGGCUUAGUUUCUGUUGUUUAGGAUAUUUAUUAUACUGUACAGUUCAGAAAAAAAUAUAAUUAUGAAGACAACGAAACCUGUAACUGAAAUGGAAAGCAAAGUUAUUGAUAAUCCAACAGUUUUGAUUUACAGUUGAAGUCGGAAGUUUACAUACACCUUUGCCAAACACAUUUAAACUCAGUUUUUCACAAUUCCUGACAUUUAAUCCGAGUAAAAAUUCCCUGUUUUAGGUAGUUAGGAUCAGCACUUUAUUUUAAGAAUGUGAAAUGUCAGAAUAAUAGUUGAGAAUGAUUUUUUUCAGAUUUUCUUUCUUACAUCACAUUCUCAGUGGGUCAGAAGUUUACAUACACUCAAUUAGUAUUUGGUAGCAUUGCCUCUAAAUUUUUUAACUUGGAUCAAACGUUUUGGGUAGCCUUCCACAAGCUUCCCACAAUAGGUUGGGUGAAUUUUGGCCCAUUCCUCCUGACAGAGCUGGUGUAACUGAGUCAGGUUUGUAGGACUCCUUGCUUGCACACGCUUUUCCAGUUCUGCCCACACAUUUGCUAUGGGAUUGAGGUCAGGGCUUUGUGAUGGUCACUCCAAUUCCUUAACUUUGUUGUCCUUCAGCCAUUUUGCCAACUUUGGAAGUAUGCUUUGGGUCAUUGUCCAUUUGGAAUACCAGUUUGAGACCAAGCUUUAACUUCCUGACUGAUGUCUUGAGAUGUUGCUUCAAUAUAUCCACAUAAUUUUUCUCCCUCAUGAUGCCAUCUAUUUUGUGAAGUGCAUCAGUCCCUCCUGCAGAAAAGCACCCCCACAACAUGAUGCUGCCACCCCCGUGCUACACGGUUGGGAUGGUGUUCUUCGGCUUGCAAGCCUCCCCCUUUUUCCUCCAAACAUAACGAUGGUCAUUAAGGCCAAACAGUUUUAUUUUUAUUUCAUCAGACCAGAGGACAUUUCUUCAAAAAUUACGAUCUUUGUCCCCAUGUGCAGUUGCAAACCGUAGUCUAUUUUUUUUAUGGCGGUUUUGGAGCAGUGGCUUCUUCCUUGCUGAGCAGCAUUUCAGGUUAUGUCGAUAUAGGAAUCGUUUUACUGUGGAUAUAGAUACUUUGUACCUGUUUCCUCCAGAGUCUUCACAAGGUCCUUUGCUGUUGUUCUGGGAUUGAUUUGCACUUUUCGCACCAAAGUACGUUCAUCUCUAGGAGACAUAAUGUGUCUCCUUCCUGAGCGGUAUGAUGGCUGCGUGGUCCCAUGGUGUUUAUACUUGCGUACUAUUGUUUGUACAGAUAAACGUGGUACCUUCAGGCAUUUGGAAAUUGCUCCCAAGGAUGAACUAGACUUAUCGAGGUCUACAACAAAAAAAAAUCUGAGGUCUUGGCUGAUUUGUUUUGAUUUUCCCAUGAUGUCAAGCAAAGAUGCACUGAGUUUGAAGGUCGGCCUUGAAAUACAUCCACAGGUACACCUCCAAUUCAGUCAAAUUAUGUCAAUUAGCCUAUGAGAAGUUUCUAAAUCCAUGACAUCUUUUCUGACAUGUUCCAAGCUGUUGAAAGGCACAGUCAACUAAGUGUAUGUAAUCUUCUGACCCACUGGAAUUGUGAUACAGUGAAUUAUAAGUGAAAUAAUCUGUCUGUAAACAAUUGUUGGAAAACUUACUUGUGUCAUGCAUAAAGUAGAUGCCCUAACCGACUUGCCAAAACUAUAGUUUGUUAACAAGAAAUUUGUGGAGUGGUUGAAAAACUAGUUUUAAUGACUCCAACCUAAGUGUAUGUAAACUUCUGACUUUAACUGUAUUUAUUUAUUCAUACAGGUCAAACAGCAGUAUGUGAAUAGAUCCAGUAGACUAGAGUAGGGUUUACUUAAUAGAGAGCUGAAGAACACUAUGCCACCAUUCCAGGAAUGUGGAUAGUUGACCCAUGAUAGAUCUUUCUCUGCUAACAUUCAGGGUCAAAUCAUACUUUAAUAUCUUUAUGGUCACGUUAGCAUUCCUGGAGUACCAAUCAGUGACCUAGCCAAUUACUUUCUAAUACUUUUGGUGUGCUUUGUUUAGCUUCACAUACAGGGUAGGCAGGCGUUUGCACUUUUGGGACUAUUCCAUUUGUUCCAUUGCACCAGGCAAGCUAUAUCUAGUGCAACUCAAGUCUUUGAAAGUGCAGUAUGCAUAUGACCCAGGUCUGUAUAGAUACAGUAUAGAUACUGAUACAGUAUAACUUCAUUUGAUGCAUCAGAUUCCCAGUGCCUAUGUAGCUCCAACAUACAAUUACAUUUAUCCAAAGUUAUUCUUUGAUGGAUAGUCAUUGGAAUGAUGUCUCAAAGUGUCCCAGUUGCAUGCCGUACUGUAUGCUAUGUGUAGUAGUAGAGCAGGAGCAGUAGCUCAGAGAUAUGUCUCUUAUGUUCCGUAGCUAGCUGGUAUCUACCUAGCCUGGGUGGCAGUCUGUUUCAGCUUCAGACUGCCAGCUAGGCUUGAACAAUAUGCUCCUGAAGUUACUUUCCUACUGUAUCUCCAGACUCAGGACAUCAGGAACAUGAAAGACAGAAAAGCUUUCCAAAAGGCUUAAGUUGUAUCACAGACCCUGGUGAGCAGACAACUGGAGAAUGAUAUCAGCAUAUCUAAAGACUUUUUCUUUUUCAUCUUCUUCUUGUUCCUCUUCUGCUUGUUUCUUCUUUGUGUUGCUUUCUAAAAUCUGUAAACGAGAGUUAAGUUCUCAGUUACACAUUACAAAACCGCAGCACUGUAACCCUAUCCCAAAAUGAAGUACUUAUUGUAUGAUUGUUGCCAAUACUGUCCCUUCUGCCAUGGCCAUCUAGUGACCACCUGAUUUGGAGCGUUCAGGAUCAUGCCUGUUUAUUGGAGUAGCGUGUUGAUGUGUGUAUAAUGCCAACGGCAUGACUUAGCCAUGGUAUGGGCAUGUCCGUGGAGUAUCUCUGAUUGUGCUUCAAUAUAUUUCUUACUAUUUUGUGGAACUUGACUAGCCUGAUACAAUUUUGUAUAUAUUUGUACAAUAAUUACAUUUAGUGUAUAAAAAAGAAACAGAAAAAAUGUGAAAAUAAUGUUCAUAACAUGGUGUUGAUUCUUGUGCAAAUAUGAUUUAUUCACAAUAAAAGUGUAUUAUUGUUA